AUGGAAGACAUGAUGAGCAGCACGAUGAAGCUGACCACUCCCCAGAGCCAAGUGGAUAUGCUGCUCCAGGAAAUGGCAGGCGAGGCCCACCUGGACCUCAACAUGGAGCUGUCGCAGGGCCAGACCGACUCUAUGGGCAUGAGCGUGGCCUCAGGGGAGCAGGAUGAGCUGUCCCAGAGGAUGGCCCGCCGGCGAGACCAAGUGUAA